AUGGUAUUCAUUGCAAGUCUAUGGAUUAUGCCCGCAUCUGCCGUGUUCCUGGACUUUCAAAAUUGCUUGUCCGACUCCACGCAGAACGACCAACCUCUAGCUCUCCAAAUUAUCCCACUAUACCUAGAUGCUGUCUUCAACACUACAGAUUCUGAUCACAAUCUCAAUGUGACUGUAUGGGGAAACGUCACUGGUUCUACUGUAGGAACUUAUGCCAGACUCGUUACACCUCUUUGGAACGAUACUUCGUAUUGGAAUAGUAAUGAUACUUCUGCUGGAGGGAAGAUUGAGAACGAGCCGUAUCCGGAUGACCCAAGUCCAAAGCUCACUACCUUUUCCAGCAAGGUCAAUGUGCUGACUUACGAACCGUGGCAUUUUGUCGAAAACUUCUGCGAGAAUGCUUUACUCAACGGGACCUGUCCACUUGGACCAAGCUUCUCCGCCAAUCUGUCCGAUCCUUACGACUUUCCUUCGUUCGGCUUUUCAAACAAUUUCUAUUCGAGCUAUGCCUUCACGUCGUUUACGGCAACACUUCUAGUUGUAUAUGGAGACCAGAACGCUACGCCUGUUGGUUGCACUUCAGCGAUUAUCACACCAGAUAUGGGGUCUACUCUCAGCAAUGUAGUUCGUUACGUUCCUGCGGCAGUCCUCAUACUCGUUGCCUUUUCAACGGCAUUUGCAGCUAUUUCUAGUCCGUGGGGCUCUACAGAUACUUUCCGCUGGACGACGAAUUACGGAAGAGAUGCAGAUCUGUUGAGAUUGGUUACACCCGGCUUUGGAGAUUGUUUGCAAUAUAUCCAGUUCGUGGCUUUGACUGGUGGUCUCACUCUCAACUAUCCGGGAUUCUACCAACCUAUUGUCAGCAAGACGUCCUGGUCCGCGCUCAUGUUCAACGAGAGUUUUGUCAGCGGUGGGAACGGCACCCAAAGUCUCGUCGAUGGAGUCUAUGUCACCCAUGGCACUUAUGGUAUGGACAAGCUCCGUCAACUCGUUGGAAUGAGUGAGGUAGACGAUGUUUGGGCCGGAAUGGCUAUUUGGCUUUUGGCAAUCCUUGCCUCUAUUCUGGUUCUCAUCCAAAUUGGAUUCUUUGUCCGAUGGGCAUACCGACUUUUGAACGACGUCCCCGAAGAGGACUUGCGAGCAAAGAACAUGCCUUUUUCGAUGGGCAAUGUCAUCCGAAUCGUCUUCAACUACUUCCUCUUGCCGAUCGUGGCAUUAUCUAUGUUUCAACUGGUCAUCGCUUCGAAAUCUCCGGCUUUCACUGUGGCACUUGCUGUAGUGAUGUUGGUUCUUAUCAUUGGAUUCGCCGUCUGGCUUCUUUACAUCAUUGGAUCAACAAGACCAAAGUCAUUUCUUUUCGACGACUUGCCAACUGUGCUCCUCUAUGGAUCAUUGUACAAUACAUAUUCGGAUCAUGCGGCGCCAUUUGCUUUAGUUCCAAUGUUUCUAACUUUCAUCAGAGGUGUUGCCAUAGGAGCCGUUCAACCAUCUGGUAUUGCGCAGCUCGUCGUGCUUGCCAUCUGUGAGGUGAUUACUGUUCUCACCUUACAUGCAUUCCGACCAUUCCACUCUCCGACAUCGAUGAAUGCUUUGCACACCUUCUUCGCGGUUGUCAGAUUCUCGACCGUCCUCCUGAUGAUAUCAUUUGCACCCUCCCUUGGUGUUACAGAAGGGCCAAAAGGUUGGAUCGGAUAUGCAAUCCUCUUGAUGCACGCGAUUGUUCUUAUUUUUGGAUUCCUGCUCAAUGCCAUGCAGACUAUCGUCGAAGUCGGAGCUCGAUUGGCAGGUGCUGGAGGAGAUGAAAAUGGUGCUACGAGAGGAGGACUGGUCAAAGUCUUCGGAAUGCGACAACUAUCCCGAAGGUUACCUCGCCGUGAUGGUAACUCAAGACAAAGUCAAUUGUCGAGCGCUGCGAUGCUAGCAAAUGAUGAAGAUCGAAAAUCAUACAUCAUGAAUGACGGAAGACUGAGAAGUCAAUCUGCAGGAAGCGCUGGUAUUCUGCUCAAUAGACAGAGCAUGGGUCUUGACUCUAACAGCAUUGAGCCAUUUGGUCAAAUUCCACCUCAUGCGUUGGUGGGAAGCGGCAGUAGCGCUUAUACCCCAACUACACCAGGAGAAGCCAGUACAUUUUCUUUCAUACCAUCUGCCGCAGCACCAUCUCAGGGACGAGCUCGAGGUCAAAUCUUGGGCCUCACUGCUGCAGAAGCGGCAGACCCAUACUAUCGUCCACCACGAUUUCGACGGCCUACCUUGGAGGCCUCCUACUCCCCAGGUGCAAAGAGCCGGGGAUCAUGGACUAGUGGUGAAUGGACAAAUAAGAGAAAUAGUCAGCCAGAAGGUGCAGCUUCGCCUGAGCAGGCUGAAGAAGGACCAUCGAUAUCUGGACGCAAUACACCUACAUCGCCGCCAGCAUUUGCUCCAGCUUUAGAUGGUAGUCCCAACGAACCAAGGAGGUCUAAAGCAGAUUAUACCACACGAGAAGUUGAUUUUUAUUAUGGUGUUCGAGGACCGGCUCUCAACGCCAACAUCCCCAGCAGACGCAUAAAGACUGGGCCAGCAGAUCCCACUGGCCCUGCAGCUUCUGCGGCCGGUUGGUUCAAAGGCUUGUUCGGUGGUAAGACAAAAGAGAAGGGGAAGGGAUUUGAGGUUGUUCGAAGUUCAAGGAUGCCGCCGGGUAUGGUUGCCAGAAAUGCCCCCGGCAUAGAAACGCCGCCAGAAGGAGUUCCUGUUGCCACGGGAGGCAUCCGAAAUGGCCCCAUUGACUCGGACGAUGAUGAGCCAGUGACUGCUGGACCUUCUACCGCUGGGCCAACACGACCUGCAGCUCCCACCUCACACGAAGAUGACGCUCUUGUUAGUCCCAUAGGUACCGAUGAUGAAGAGGGGUCUGAGGAGAGUGAUGACGAAUAUGAGAUUACUAGGAUAUCGGAUGUUCCGCCCACAUUACCCGGGCUGGAGAUUCCAGAAGGUGGUAUUGAGCUUCCAUCCAGGUUUCCUUCCAAAGCAACAUCAAAAGCAAGUUCCCGGAGAGAAAGGACAACCGACACUUCAUUCGUUCCCAACUUACCCACUGUACCAAAUUUCCCUCAAAGAGUGCCAUCGAACAAACCAACCGUUCCACGGAAGAGUUCUCGAAGGAAGUCCCAAAGUGUAGACAUGACUCAACAAGGAGCACAAUUCCUGCACGAACAUCGAGCCAAAGGAUCUCUUGACACAAACUUUCCCUUCGACCGAACGGGUUCAAGAAAACGACAUUCAGAUAUAUCUACAAGAUCUAGUAUGGGACCAAACGAGCUCGCAGAUAUGGGACAUUCCCGAGGUCAAUCAGGUGGAUCAGCAUUAGGCAAACUAUCAGCCGAUUUCCAAGACGAUCGACCGACCAGCGUUGGCUAUGUACAUCAUCAUCCCAUACGAACCGUGAAUCCGUCCGACAAUCCGGAAUUCCUUGGUAGCUCAGCAGAGGUUGUGGAUGGGAGGAAUAGCGGGGCUUCAUCUAUUGAGCGUCCGCGAACUUGA